CUGCUUCAUGCAGCUUGUCGAACUGAUUCCGAAAGAGCUCGCGAUAAAAUUUAGCGACAUUGCCUAAGAGGAAGCCAACAACCGAAGGACAUGGAACUGAGCCGACACACGAUCUUUUUUCUAGCUAGAAACGGACAAGCAUUCCAUGAAAAAUAGAUCAGCACCGAGUGGUAAAAGCGGUGUAUGUGUGACGCCGAUUUUUACCAUUGAUCGACUUCCCAAAACGGCGUUUCCUUCUUUGGACAGAAAUUGAUGGGAAUCUUCCCCGCGUCUCUUCACCCAACCUUCAACUACUUGACCACAGCUCAGAGCAGUCCAGGCUAUCUACAUCCAUAUUAUAAUUUACUCUUGUUCUCACAACAACAGUUACGAUGUCGUCUCUUGCUGGCGCACUCGGGCCUCACGGCAUUCAUUCACCUAUGAAAUCAGAACCUGGCGUUGUGAAGCACAGAAUUAAAGAUGAAACAAAGUCAGAGGAGGAGGAAGAGAUGGAUGAUUUAUUCGGUAACGAUGCUGCGCUGGAGGUAGAUGCACCAGCCGACCUCGGAUCACCUGAAGUCUCAGGACAAGAAUCCGAACGACUGCCUUCGCCAGAGAGAGAACAUCGCAGGGCACUUGAAUACGAGGAAGAAGAUGUGCCACCCGAGGCGGUUGUUGAACUGCAGGAAGCCGACGUUUCGUUUCCCAACCUUCCAGUACCCAAAAGCUCAGAUGGAGACAAAUGGGUCAUUCGGAUGCCUAAUUUUGUCAAAAUUGAUACCAAGCCGUUCCAUCCAGAGACGUAUAUGGGACCAGAACACGACGAAGAAGAAGGCCAGCAGGCACAAACCCUGCGGGAACAGAGUAUGACCAUCAAGCUAAAGGUGGAAAACACAGUACGGUGGAGGUGGACUAAAAAUGAAUUCGGUGAUGAUGUUAGACAGUCAAACAGUCGUGUCAUACGCUGGUCGGACGGCACGUUAAGCCUUCGGCUUGGAAAGGAAUAUUUCGAUAUCAACCAGAGUAUCGACACGUCGGGAGGGGUCCCUCGACAAACCUUUGGUAGUUCCCAAUCCCAAUCCCAAUCACAACCUGCAACAUCCCUCGGCGGGAAAUCUCAAGGCCUGACCUAUUUGGUGGCGCAGCAUAAGCGUUCACAGGUCUUACAAGCCGAGGCUCUCAUCGCCGGAUACAUGACACUUCGACCGACUGGAAUGCAGUCUGAAACACACCGCAUGCUUGUGAAGGCAGUGAGCCAGAAGCACAACAAGGUCGCUCGACUGCGCUUAGCUCCUGAUCCCGUCAUGGAUCCUGAACGCGAGAUGCAAGAAAUGAUUAAAAAGUCAGCGAAGAAGGCACCCAAGAGGAAACAUGAUCGUGAUGAUGAAUCUAGUGGGCGGUCAAGGCGACGAUCUAGGAAACAGUACGACAGUGAUGAAGACAUAUAUGGGGAUGCAGGAUCUGAUGACGACGACCGCGGCAAGAAAAGUAAACGAAAGGGCGGGGACGAGGAAGGUGGAAGUGGUUAUCGAAACGAUGACUUUGUCGUUUCGGAUGAUGAGGAUGAUGAUGGGCACCAUGGAAAAGCUGAUGAAGAAGAUGAUUUGGACAAACUGGAUGCUAUGGCUGAGAAGCAGCGGAAAAAGUUGGGCAAUGACGAUGCAAUGGAUGUGGAAAGUGAGGAAGAGGACGAGGCAAAGGUCCGUAAGGCCAGCCGCACACGGAGACAAGCAACAUACGAUGAUGAAGAUGAUGAAGAGGAAUAAAUUACUCUGAUGGACUGACUGCACGUUUGUAUGGAAUAUACAAAUGUCUCUUGAUAUCCUUUACGCGCUCCCCGGUUCCGCAACCUCCUACUUCCGUACCG